CAUUGGUGUUCCAGUGGAGGUUAUUUUAAGGGGCUCAUGCUGUCAGCUGUUGUCUUAAGUCCUUUUGGAGCCUCCUCACCUCUCUUUUUCACUCUGAUAAAACUGUGGACUGGCUGGUUCAUUGUCCUCCUUUUCUAUUUGAACCCGAACAGACACGUGUAAGCAUAUGAUGGAGGGCAUUGACCAGACCUCUGAGAACACCAAUGAACAAGUCAAUGACCCUGAGGAGCAGCCAGUGGACCCCAUGGAGGACUUCAGCCGGCAGCUAGAGGAUAUAAUCAACACGUAUGGAGUGGCAUCGAGCCUGAUGCAGGAGCAGAUCUCCAUCCUGGAGUCUGAGGAGAAAAAGGAAGAGGAGGCAAAGGCUGAUGAAGAAGCUGACCCACAAGAAGCUGGUGGCAGUCCAGAGAAGGAACAAAAGGCUGAUAAGAAACUCCUCAAGGGCCUGGGUAAAGAAGCCGCAUCCUUAUUGCAAAGCCUGAACAAGCUCGGCUCUCCAGAAGAGAAAGUGGAAAUGGUGUUGAAGAAAUACACUGAGCUGAUGGGGCAGGUGGAGGAACACAGGACUGAGAAGAAACAGCUGGAGCAGCUUCAGCAGAGACAGGGUCUUCUGGUCAAGCAGAGAGAUCAGCUUCAGUUCGAGCACAGUCGUGCCAUUCUGGCCCGCAGCAAGCUGGAGAUGCUCUGCAGAGAGCUUCAGAGACAUAACAGGACACUGAAGGAGGAGAGUCUGCAAAGGCUGCGGGUGGAUGAAAUGAAGCGGAAGGAGAUCACCGAUCAUUUCCAGAGCACGCUGGUGGACAUUCAGAAUCAGAUCGAGCAGCACAGUAACCGCAACAACAAGCUGUGCCAAGAGAACAGUGAGCUGGCCAGCAAACUCAAGACCAUCAUAGAGCAGUAUGAGCGGAGAGAACAGACUUUAGAGAAGAUCUUCAAACACAGAGAUCUACAGCAGAAGCUGUCUGAUGCCAAGCUGGAAGAAGCCAACAUGCUCCUCAGUCAAGCUGAAGAGAAGCACAAAAGGGAGAAGGAAUAUUUGCUUAAAGAGGCUAUUGAAAAAACAAAGAAAUGCUGCGCUAUGAAGGAGCAGGAGUUACAGAUGAAGAAACAGCUGGCGUUGUACUCCCAGAAGUUUGAUGAGUUCCAGAACACACUAGCAAAAAGCAACGAAAUUUACAUCACUUUCAAACAGGAGAUGGACAAGAUGACAAAGAAGAUGAAAAAGCUGGAAAAGGAGUCGGACAUAUGGAAGACACGGUUUGAAAGCUGCAAUAAAGCUCUUGUUGAAAUGAUUGAUGAGAGAUCAGAAAAGGCCAAAGAGUUUGAACUCUUCACUUUGAAAAUCGACCGUCUGGAGACUCUGUGCCGAGCACUGCAGGAUGAAAGAAAAAGUUUAUAUAGCAAGAUUAAAGAAAUACGGUCCUCAGAAAAGGUUCUAGCAGCUGCAGUGGAUUUGCCACAAGUAGAUGAGCUUCCAGAGCUUGUCCAACUUCCCAAGUUAGCUCCCAACCCCAUGUUGACCACAGAGAUGAAGAGGCUGCGAGAAGAGCAGAUUCGUCUGCAGGAGUUUGCAGCUUCCUUGGUAAGUUCCAUAACAGAUGAUGCUGGAGAAUCUGAUAGUGGGGAAGAGGAGACGGCACAAAAGAUUCCAGCAAUUCCUGAGGCUACCAAACAUGAGUCUACUGAACAAGAAUCAAUACAAGAUGAAUCCUGUACCACAGAAGAAAACAAAGCAGAGGUUGUUAGUGUAAACGAAGAGAAGUCAUUAGUACCCUCAAAUCCUGAACCCACCAAACCUGAGACAGAAUCCAAACUUUCUCAAGAGCCUCUACAACCAGAGAUCACUGAACAACAGACAGGAAUACAAGAUUCAGUCAAAGAGGAACCCAGCCAGGAAGAGGCGUCAAAAUCAGAAAAGACGGUUGAACAGAAAUCCCCUCAGCCAAAGCCUUUCAUGAAAGAAGAGUGUAAACUUGAAAGUGUUAUAUCUGAGCUACCUGAACCAGAGCUGCCCAAACAAGAGCCCCUCAAACAGGAACAGCCAAAACCUGUCACGAAAGAUGAGUGCAAAGAUGAAGCUGUUAAACCUGAUCUACUUGAACCAGAGUCACCCAAACAAGAGCCCCUCAAACAGGAGCAGCAAAAACCUUUCACGAAAGAAGAGUGCAAAGAUGAAGCUGUUAAACCUGAGCUACCUGAACCAGAACCAGAGCCAGAGCUGCCCAAACCAGAGCCCCUCAAACAGGAGCACCCAAAACCUGUCACGAAAGAUGAGUACAAACUUGAAGAUGUUAAACCUGAGCUACCUGAACCAGAGUCCCCCAAACAAGAGCCCUUAAAACAGGAGCAGCAAAAACCUGCCAUGAAAGAAGAGUGCAAAGAUGAAGCUGUUAAACCUGAGUUACCUGAACCAGAGUCGCCUAAACAAGAGCCCCUCAAACAGGAGCAGCCAAAACCUGUAACGAAAGAAGAGUCCAAAGAUGAAGCUGUUAAACCUGAGCUACCUGAACCAGAGUCGCCCAAACAAGAGCCCUUAAAACAGGGGCAGCAAAAACCUGCCAUGAAAGAAGAGUGCAAAGAUGAAGCUGUUAAACCUGAGCUACCUGAACCAGAGUCGCCCAAACAAGAGCCCUUCAAAGAGGAGAAGCCAAAGCCUUUCACGAAAGAAGAGUCCAAAGAUGAAGCUGUUAAACCUGAGCUACCUGAACCAGAACCAGAGCCACCCAAACAAGAGCCCCUCAAGCAGGAGCAGCCAAAACCUGUCAUGAAAGAAGAGUGCAAACUAGAAGAUGUUAAACCUGAGCUACCUGAACCAGAGCUGCCUAAACAAGAGCCCUUCAAAGAGGAGCAUGUUGAGAACGCCGCAGCUACAUCUGAUGAACCCAAAGCACAGGCAACAAAACCUAAAGCCUCAAAAUCCCAAGAGGCAAAAGCGAAGGCCGGCAAAGCCCAGCCUAAAAAACAAAGUUCAACCAAGAAGAAAGGCUCUGCAAAGGGUCCGAAUAAAAGCUAAGCAGAAAUGUAUUACCAAAGUAGUUUUUAUUAAUCAUCUCUAGAUUAGUUUGUUUGUGUAGAUAGACAAGUCUGGCUGUAGACAGGUUUAAUUCACACUGCACUGACAGUUACCAAUAAAGACAACAGACACGUUUGAAAGGUUUUGUCUGAUCAGUGUGUUACGCCUGUCAGCAUCUGUUGGUGUUGGUCUGUGCUUGUUUUUGGCAACAGAAUGUUGAAUCUGCAUUUAUCGAGUCUUGGAAAGUGUCAGAAGGGACGUAGGCCUACUGUACCGGUCUGCAUUGGUCUGUGUCUGUCUGUGCAGUUUGAAUUGGCCUUAUAAGUUAAUACAGACGAUGACAGACUGGUCAUAGGACACGUUCCUUUAUGAAAGUUUACUAUAAAGAUGAAUAUUUAGAGAUGGGUGUGAUACUUUUUUCCGCUUGUAAUACUUUCUUAGAACCUUCAAAUAAACGUCUGUUCUUGACAAUCUUA